UAAAGGAAGUCCCUUCGCUGCAAAACAGAGGGACGUGCAUUUGAGAGAAGUGCAAAUCUCCUAGCAACAACAGAAAAUAAACAAAAUGGCAGAAGAUAAGGACAGCGCAGAGGCCAUAGUAUCUGAGGUCCACAGGAAGAUCAGCGAAGCUUUUGAUGUGUUUGACCACGAAUUCAACAAAACCGUGGAUGUCAGGGAGAUAGGCACUAUCAUCCGCUCUCUGGGAUGCUUUCCUUCCGAAGGGGAGCUACAUGACAUCAUAGCAGAGAUAGAGGAGGAGGAGCCAACUGGUUACAUCUGCUUUGAGAAGUUCCUGCCCACCAUGACCACGGUUCUGAUGGAGCGCAGGUUCCGGCCCAUCCCUGAGGACCUGCUACUCCAGGCCUUCGAGGUUCUAGAUCAGCAGAAAAAGGGACAUUUGGAACCAGAGGAGCUGACAAAAUAUUUGACACAGGAAGGAGAGCCCUUCACCCCAGAGGAAAUGGAGGAGAUGAUGUCAGCUGCCCUGGACCCAGACAGGAACGUCAUCUUCUACAAAGACUUUGUUAGCAUGAUGUCUGUGGACAACCACAGAUAGACUCUCAAUGUACACACAGCUCAUAUUUCUGCUGGGAAUAAUUACAAAUGUACACUUUUUUUGGUUAAUUAAUAAA